UUUUACGAACAUAAAAAGAUCAAAAAAUAACCUUUAUAAAUAUAUUUUCACAGUGUUUAAUGAAAUCUUAGUAUAAAAUGAUGGACAUUUUAAACAUGUAUUAAAAUAAAAUGAUACAAUAAAUUAUAUUGUACAAGAAAAUUCAAUGUUUUCAGAAUGAUACCAUAUGAUGUCGGUCGUGGCAAUAUUCGUCGUCAUUUCAUGUUCUACAAUGACUAGGCAAAUUGAUCGAGAAACCACAGGUUUAGAGAAACGUAUUAUUUCUUUUACUAUUCACAUUGGAACGUGAAAAUUUGAACGUUUCAAAUGGCUAUGGAUGGAAAACGAUCUAUAAAGAUGGUACGUCGGCAACUAUCACACGAUCCCCUUUCACCUGGUCCAUGUUUGGAUAUUAGUGAUGAUGAACUUGUUACGAUAUCUGUUAGAGAUUUGAAUAGACAGUUGAAACUGCGUGGAUUGUCUAGAGAAGAGAUAGUACGAAUGAAGCAGAGGAGAAGAACUUUAAAAAAUAGAGGUUAUGCAGCUAGUUGUCGUAUUAAACGUAUAGAGCAAAAAGAUGAGCUUGAAUCAGAAAAAACUCAGGAAUAUCGUGACAUGGAAGCAAUGCAGGAGGACAAUAAUCGCAUGAAAGAAGAAAUAGAAUCUUGGCAUUCAAAGUAUCUAGCACUAAAAAAGUUCGCUAUCGAAAAGAAAAUUCCUAUUCCAUCUGAAUUAGAAAUGAUAUAAAUCGUAAACGGACAAUUUUGAAAUGUUUAUGCGGCUGUUAUAAUAAAGAC